UCUCUCUCUCCCUUCUUUAUUUCUUUCCCCUCCCCUCUCUUUUCUCUUGUUCCUCCCCUUUAACAUCUUUCCUCUAUCACUACUACCACUACGUAAUUAGCCAGAUAAGAGAUAUGUCCUUGAACGCUCAGGUCACUUCUGUAAACAACUUUUUGGGCACCACCACGGGUCGUGAAAAGCUUUGUCGCUUCAUUCAAUACUUUGCACGCUUUUAUGCAUUUUACCUGCUACGCCAAGGCGCUCCACAGAGCUCUUCACAACGCUGGAACGAUUUGAAGCAACAUAUUGGUAACGGACGCAAGUUCUUCCGUCUCUUCAAACCGAUCGAGUUUGUCCAAACAGCUGUACAUAGUUUAGGCUCGUCCGACGAGGUUGUUCGUCUGACUGCGGUGGUGAAGCACUUGAGCAACGCGCUCUACUACUGCUCUGAAGUCUUUGUAUUGACAACUGCUAUUGGUUUCUACAAACCCAAGAACGUUGAUAAGAUCCAAAAGUUCGGAUGGAAAUGCUGGUUUAUCAGCUUGUUUGCAUCCAUUUUGGCAAGCCUGUACAAGUUUCGUUUGCUGAAUGUUAAGGCAGUUAUGCUGGAGAAAAGCAAGAGACACUUGGAAGGAAAGAGAGACCCGGAAUUGAAUCUGCAAGAGAAGCAGCUGGUCAAAGAGAUUAACUCGAAUUCGUAUCAACUGGUUCAAGACGUAGUCGAUAUCAUCAUUCCUUCUGGAAACCUCGGCUGGUUGCCGGUCGACGAAGGGGUUAUUGGCCUCGCUGGUGCGAUUACCUCGUUGAUGGCUGUGAACACUCAAUGGAAAAAGACUCGUGUCUCAAAGUAGAAAAAAAAAGCCAUCUGAUCAUUACAAUAAAGUCUGUCGUUACUAUUUAGUUACCUUACAUUUUGAC